ACUAUUCUUAGCUGCGUGUUACUUACCGGAAGUGUGACGACAGCGCACAGUUGAACCCCAUCACAAUGACGUCAGGCCCAGAAAACCGCUUCAUCCUGUGCGGGUUGUGCAGCAACCAGCUGAGCAACCCCCACAUGUUGCCCUGUCUUCACGUCUUCUGUCUCGCCUGUCUCAAAGACAACUGUAGCGAGAAAUCUCCCGACAAAUUCUUCUGCCCACUGUGUGUGGUGGAGAAAAACGACCGGAAAUCAUUCAACGCGCGACCUUGGCAUUCGUUUGAAAAAAUCGUCGAAAACGAGGCCGAGUACGAAGCCCGCCAACGUCGACUAGCGGAACUCCCUGCUACAGAAAGCCGACGCUCCAGCUAUAUCCCCGAGGCUUUUGAAGCAGACGAGGAUGAAAGUUCGAGACGUCCUUCCCUGCCGCAGGCGCCUGUCAUGUUUCCCUGCAGCAUGCACGCAGACAAGCUGGCCGAGUCGUUCUGCACCAAAUGCGAGCAGCUCGCGUGCCCUAAAUGCAUCUCGUCGUUCCACCGUCGCUGCCAGAGUUUCCUGGACAUCAAAGACGCCGUGGAGAAAAAACGUGACGCACUCGACUCUGUGUACAGCGCCAUCGCCAACAACCUGGUCAGCUGCGAAAACUUGCAAAGCGAACAUUUGAAACGCCUCAACGAGAUCGAGGCGAUGAGGAUGAAGCUGUUGCUGGAUAUUAAAACCUUCCGGACGACUAUGGUCAACUUGGUGCUGGAGAAAGAGAAGCGGCUGUCAGACCAGGUGAAUCAGCUCAUGGACGAAAUGGCCAAGGUGUCAAGGGACAGAGAAGGCAUGGCGAAGAGUUAUGUCCAGGCGCUCAACAAACAGCUGGACGUCCUCAACUUUUCUCUUAGUGCCCAGGGAGAGGGCGAGAUUCUUCCUCUACUUCCGGGUCUGGCGAAUAUCAUGGAAUCGAAUACCGCGAAGUUGUCCGAAUUCAAGUCACAGGAUGACGUCAAACUUGUGACGUUCAGUCGAGACGAGAACUGUUUCCAGACCUUGACGACGUCACUGCUGGGGACGUUGAAUGUCGUCGGGAAGGCGGCCACGCCCCCCGCCCGCGAGGAGGGGAAGCGGGAUCUGACGCUGACGCCUUUCGUCAGCUUCCACGGCGGGGCCUGCGAUGACGUCAGCGAGCCCCUGCUGACGGACAUCGUGCUGCUGAUGAACGGUGACGUCAUCAUGACGGACCGGGACAACAAGUGCGUCAAGAAGUUCAACCAGUCGGGGCGUCUGCUGACGCGCGUCAUGAUCGACGCCAUCCCCAGCCGCAUCGCCAUCGUGUCCAACAGCCGCGCCGCCGUGUCUGUCAUGAACAAGAAAGCGAUCUACUUCCUCUCGCUCUUCGGCACCGUGCGCGUCCUCAGCUUCAUCCGGGUCAGUAAAAUCUACUCCUUCCUGACGUCACUUGGCGGGAAACUGUUAGCUGGGGCCACCAAUCAGUGCGAUUGUAUUGACGUCUUCAACGAAAAAGGGGAGAUCAUUCGAAAUAUUUUCUUGCAGAAAGCGGACAGAGCGUCCAUCGCUCGACCGAUGUACCUGACCCCGACCAAACCAUCCGUCACCAUCGACCAUCAGACGCCAGCAUCAGACAAGACGACAGACACGACGACAGACAUCCUCAUCUCCGACAGCGGGAAACAGACGUUCUUUCGUCUGGAUCAGAACGGACGCAGCCAGUUCACCGUCAGGUCGACCAGUUCCCUGACCUUGACCUGCCCGCUUGGGGUCACAGUUCACGAGUCAGGGCUGACAUUGCUGGCUGACCGGGACACAGACUCCGUGCUGGUGUUUGACGAGGGGGGAAACUUCCUCAAGAAGGCCUUGACCUUGGACCAGGGACUGGUCAAGCCGUGCGGGAUCUAUGCCGGACAUCGGGGUCACGUGGCCUUGACGCAGGUGGACGGCAUGGUCAAGAUUUACAAAGCCAGUGUCACCUCAGUGUGA